GCUGUAGUUCCGCCAUCGGACGGAAACCAGGACGGUCGUGCGGCGGGAUGUGGCCCGGAAUACGGGUUGGGGGUGCCCGGGUGGGGGUAGGCAGGUGCUCCGCGCUGGGGGCUCGCCUCGUCGCCCGCUUCUUCCCGCAGCGGACGCCCGGGGCCCGCCUGGCCCCGCAGCAGAGCCUGCACGCGACAGCGGCCCGCGCCCUCCCGCUCAUUCCCAUCGUGGUGGAGCAGACGGGCCGCGGCGAACGCGCCUAUGACAUCUACUCGCGGCUGCUGCGGGAGCGCAUCGUGUGCGUCAUGGGCCCGAUUGAUGACAGUGUGGCCAGCCUGGUUAUCGCGCAGCUGCUGUUCCUACAGUCUGAGAGCAACAAGAAGCCCAUCCACAUGUACAUCAACAGCCCUGGUGGCAUGGUGACCUCAGGCCUCGCCAUCUACGACACGAUGCAGUACAUUCUAAACCCCAUCUGCACGUGGUGCGUGGGCCAGGCCGCCAGCAUGGGCUCCCUGCUUCUCGCCGCCGGCACCCCAGGCAUGCGCCACUCGCUCCCCAACUCUCGCAUCAUGAUCCACCAGCCCUCUGGGGGCGCCCAGGGCCAAGCCACAGACAUCGCCAUCCAGGCAGAGGAGAUCAUGAAACUGAGGAAGCAGUUGUACAGCAUCUAUGCCAAACACACCAAGCAGAGCCUGCAGGUGAUUGAGUCAGCCAUGGAGAGGGACCGCUACAUGAGCCCCAUGGAGGCCCAGGAGUUUGGCCUCUUGGACAAGGUUCUGGUCCACCCUCCCCAGGACGGUGAGGACGAACCCGAGCUGGUGCAGAAGGAGCCGGUGGUUGCAGCGGCAGAACCCGCCCCAGUGAGCACCUGAGCACCAGACCCCAUCCUGGGAGGAAAAUUGAGCCAGGCGCCCACUGGAUGCCCCACCGCCCCUCGUUGCUGGGCCUGGAAGGACCCCUUGAGGAGCUCUGGAUUGAGGGGUGCCCCUAAGGGUGGGUAUCCUGGCAGAGACACUGAUUUUCAAUUAAAUCUUUGUAGUCUUUG